ACAUUCAACUUCCAAAAUUUUAAAAAAAAUUCGGACAACUACUUCCGAAUGAAGUAAAUUUUUUUUUUCCAUUUUAUAUUCCAAAUUUGCAAACUGCAUAUCAAAUUUACAGUUUCAAAUUGCAAAUUAAUCUUUAUAAUGCCAUUAAAAAUUUGUAAUGUUAUACAAAACAUGCAGGAAUAUGUGUCAACUCAAGGAAGUCAGGUUUGCACGGAUUUUGUGUUAGAUUACACCACUCAAUUCACAACUGAACAGGUAUUCAAAAGUAAGGAUGAAUUGCUCAACUGGGUACGUGAAGUUGGAAAGAGAAAUGGUUUGGUCAUUGUAAUCAAAACAUCAGACUAUGGUGGAGGAAAAAAAAGACCCAGGAUGUAUCUUGCUUGUGAGAGAAGUGGCCAAUAUAGAGCAACAAAGAAGUUAAAACAUGAUGGCAACAAUACAUCAAGAAUAACCGGUACGAAGAAGUGUGGUUGUCCUUUUGAUAUGAGGGCUCACAAGUUUACCACACAUGAUGAAUGGACAUUGACCGUAGUAUGCGGAUUGCAUAAUCAUCUACCUGCGGAGCACCUCGAGGGACAUUCAUAUGCGGGGAGGCUAUCAAAGGAUGAGAAAGCAUUGUUAAUGGAUAUGUCAAAGAGCAUGGUUCGGCCAAAAGAAAUCCUAGUAACCUUGAAACAGCGAGAUGCCUUCAACGUAAGCACACUUAAAACCAUUUACAAUGUACGCCAUCGAAACAGGGUGGUACAGAGAGUUGGAAGAUCACAGAUGCAACACUUAUUGGGUGAAUUGGCCAAGUAUAAUUACAUUGAGCGCCAUCGGUCUGAAGAGUCCACGAUGACUGUGACAGACUUGUUUUGGGCACCUCCUACCAGUUUGGACUUAUUUCGGUCUUUCCCACGUAUAUUAAUUAUGGAUUGCACAUAUAAAACCAACAGAUAUCGGUUUCCUCUUCUUGAAAUUGUGGGAGUGACAUCAACUAAAAUGACAUUCUCUGUAGCUUUUGCAUACUUACAGUAUGAGAGGGUCGAUAACUAUACGUGGGUGUUAGCUACAUUGCGUGAUGUCAUGGAUGGGUUUGUUGUGCCAACAGUUAUUGUUACUGACAGAGAGCUAGCCUUGAUGAAUGCCAUACAGAAGAUAUUCCCAAGUGCCAGACAUUUAUUAUGUCGUUGGCAUAUCAGUAAGAAUGUGUUGACCAAAUGCAAAAAAAUGUUUGAGACACAGCAAAAAUGGGAGAAGUUCAACCAUGAGUGGAACUCUGUAGUGUAUUCAUCUUCUGAAAUUCAAUACGAGGAGCGUCUUAAAUCAUUACUUAAGGAAUUCAGUAGUUAUCCUGAUGCAGUCAAAUACGUCAUGGAUACUUGGUUGGUUCCUUACAAGGACAAAUUUGUGGCGGCAUAGACAGACACGUGUAUGCAUUGUGGCAA